CGGGAGCUCGCCACGUUCGGACGGUUUUUGCGCUGCGAUUUGACAAAAGUGGGGGUUUCAAUAUAGUGUGAUUGUUUAUUGUUGGAGGAAAUAGGUGCAAAUUUUUAUCGAAAGUUGAUGCCAAGUUUGGUUAAGAGAGUGUCAAAAGCGGUUUAAAAUUCAACAAGCUGAUCAAAGUUACCUGAAAAGUUUUUUGAGUUCGGAAAAAAAAAGUUUCAAAGCAAAAAGAAGACCCCGCCUGAUAAGAUUGUGUUUGUGUUUGUGGUCGACGCCGACUUAUCAACUGACAGCUGUCAGCGCGCACCGCAAAGUCGACGACGCGCAAAAUUUCUAGCGAUUGAGGAGUGUCACGGCAGUGAUAAAUUUGUCAAAACAAAACAAAAGAGAGCGGCGACUGCCGCUGGUGGUGCAUUCGUUUGGUAAUCUUAACGCAAAAAAAAGGGAGGAAGGAAAAUUUUGCGUCUGCCGUCGGUUGAAAAAAAGUGAGCAAAAAGAAGAAAAUUACCAAGAAUUAAAAGCAAAAAGUCGAGUUGUUCAUCGUCGCCGUCGGCAGUGUGUGUUAGCCGUCAGUGAGAGUGAAUAAGACGCGAGUGUCGACUCGCGAGCGAUUAAAUUUACAUAAUUGACCACGCUCAACGUCGUCGUCGAUUAGUUUUGUUUGGUGGCGAGGCAAGAGGAGACAACACACAGGACGACAUUUGCUAAAUACACACACACACACAGGAAACAAGACGACUGGUUUAAGCCGGGAAAGAGAGAGUGGAAGAGAUAGAGAGGUGUGAAGGGGAGAAUAAAGUUUGCUGGAAAAAUAUUCAACUCGUGCAAAAGAACCGUAAGCCGCGCGCCCUUCUAGGAGUCAGGAGCUGGUGCUGCCCUCUUGCCGCGUGCACCGCAGCCGCCGCCCUCCGCCCUUUACGUUCUUAAGCACACACGUAACGGCCCCGCGCGCCAUGUCGCUGUGGGCCCGCGUCAACCAGCUGCCGCCGCCGGUGCUGGAGCAGAUCCGGUACAUCUACGGCAACAGCUUCCCGAUCGAGGUGCGCCACUACCUGGCCGAGUGGAUCGAGGAUCGGCUGCUGAACGCCCCAUCUUACCAGCAUGAGCAGGAUGCGGCGUACGAGCAGGAAGCGGCCACAUUUUUGAACCAGUUGAUCAACGAGCUGGAGCGGACGGCGAUAAAUCUGCCCGAGGACAACGUGACGGGGCGGAUCCGGUUGAACGAGUCGGCGCGCAACUUCCGGCAGCUGUUUUCGCACAAUCCGUCGCAGUUGUACUCACACCUGAUCAAUUGUCUGCAGCGGGAGCGGCAGUGUAUAGCGUACCCAAAUGAGUGCGUCAACGUGCAGGAUCCGGAGAUUGCGGAGGUCAUCAACGGGCUGCAGGAGUUGCAGAUGCUGGUGCGGGUCAGCGAGAACGACAACCGCAACUUGGUGAAGGACUACGAGCACCUGCAGCUGGAGAUUCACGAGAUCACGAAGAACAAGGCGCUGCUGGAGAACUUGGACAAUGCGGCGUUGCGGGAACAUGCCCGGACGACGCUGGCCCAGCAGGAACGGCAAGUCAACGAAAUGGUCAACCUCAUCACCGGCAAGCGGCUCCAGCUGGUGGAGAACUUCCGCAAGACGAUCCAGCUGACGUCACAGGUCCAGGAGAAGGUCCUCCACAAGUACCUCACCAACUGGAAGAUCAACCAGGGCUUCGCCGGCAACGGAGCGUCCGGCAUGAGCGCAAGCAAUCUGGACACGAUCCAGGCCUGGUGCGAAAGUCUCGCCGAGAUCAUCUGGAACACCAAGGACCAGAUCCGGCUCGCGAUGAAGAACAAACAAAAGCUCAACAUCGAAGAGCCCAACCUGCCCGACUUCCUGCCCCAAUCCCUGGUCGAGGUCACAAACCUCCUGAAAGCCCUAAUCACGACGACCUUCAUCAUCGAGAAGCAGCCGCCGCAGGUCAUGAAGACCAACACCCGGUUCGCCGCGACCGUCCGCCUCCUGAUCGGCAACACGCUCAACAUCCGGAUGAGCAACCCGCUGGUUCGCGUUUCAAUUAUUUCAGGUACGAGCUAUGACCAUAAGGCCCAAGCCCAGGCCACGCAACAGUCCAACAAGGCAUCGGAGCAGUCAUGCGGCGAGAUCAUGAACAACACCGGCAACCUCGAGUACAACGAAACCACCAAGCAGUUAUCGGUUAGUUUUAGAAAUAUGCAACUGAAGAAGAUCAAGCGGGCGGAGAAGAAGGGCACCGAGAGCGUGAUGGACGAAAAGUUCGCGCUGCUGUUCCAGUCCAGCUUUGCCGUCGGGCACGGCGAUCUGGUGUUUUCGGUCUGGACCAUCUCGCUGCCGGUGGUCGUGAUCGUGCACGGCAACCAGGAACCGCAGUCGUGGGCGACCAUCACGUGGGACAACGCGUUCGCCGACAUCAACCGCGUCCCGUUCCACGUGCCGGACAAGGUCUCCUGGAACCUGCUGGCGGAAGCGCUCAACACAAAGUACCGCGCCUCGACCGGACGCUCGAUGACCCAGGAAAACAUGCACUUCCUCUGCGAGAAGGCGUUCCGGGCGAACCUGCAGUUUCCGGUGUCGGACGAUCUGACCAUCACGUGGUCCCAGUUCUGCAAGGAGCCGCUGCCCGACCGGACGUUCACCUUCUGGGAGUGGUUCUACGCCGCGAUGAAGGUCACCCGGGAGCAUCUGCGGGGGCCGUGGAACGACGGCAGCAUAGUCGGGUUCAUCCACAAGACCAAAGCCGAGGACUACCUGCUCAAGUGCCCGCGCGGGACGUUCCUGCUGCGGUUCUCCGACAGCGAGCUGGGUGGCAUCACGAUCGCGUGGGUCAACGAAAGCAACGACGGCCAGCCCCAGAUUCUGCACAUCCAGCCGUUCACGGCCAAAGACUUUGCCACCCGGUCCCUCUCGGACCGCAUCCGGGACUUUGAGGAUCUGUACUACCUGUACCCGAACAAGCCGAAGAACGAGGCGUUCGACCGGUACACGAGUCCGCCCGUCCCGUCCCGCAACCGGAACUACAUCCCGUCCGAGGUGCGGGCGGUCCUGAUGGGCCCGAGCAACAACAACAACUCCACCAUCAACUCGUACCCGAACACACCGAGCUCGUACAACCACCUGCAGUCGCCGGACGCGUCCCGAGAUACGCCCUCCAGCGGGAUCACCGACAUCACGAUCCGCGACCGGAGCGACUCCCAGCGGAGUCUGGCGACCUGCGGCGAGUACCGGCACGCCAUGUCGGUGGCCUCGUCGGCGGUUUACAGCCCGGACAACGCGUACACCUACGUCCACUCGCCGGCCUACUCGGACGUGAGUCCGCAGGGACCGCCGGCGCGGGAAUUUCCCGGUUCCCCGCAGCUGCCGGCCACCGUCGAGCAGCUGAACCGCGGACCGACCACCGCGGAGACGCCGCUGUCCCGGGCGUCCGGCAACGAGGCCGUCAUCCAGGAACUGGUCCAGUACAUGCUCGACGGGUACGACGGCGCGCCGCUCGACUGCGACAUGGAGCGGGAGUUGAACAACAACUGCGCGGCCACGACCGUGGUCAACGGGCACUAGAUCGGGGUGCGUUUACGGGAAGAUGGAUACGAACCUUUCUUGAAGGACUCAAUUUUGGGUAGCCUUACCAUCUGUCAAAAUCGCCAAGAUUCAUUUAUACUGAGGUUGGUCGAAUUUCGAAAAGUUUUGAACUUUAAAUCAAAAUUAAAAAUUUAAAAAAAAAUCGCGCAGUUUUCCCAACUACAUAAAAAAAUUACUAUUUUGUGAUAAACAGUCGGUCAGGCAUCACUGGAAGGGAUUGGAAGUUGAAUUUGUUUUUUUUGUCUUUAUUGUUGUUCUCGCGCGUCGAAUCGUAAUGACUGUUGAAAGUGACGGAAGAUGAAGAAGAUUUAUGUUGUCGCUUUGAAAAAAAGAAGAAGCAAUUUCUGUGUUUACUUAAACGUACUUUAAAAAGAUAUAAAAUCUUAGUUGCCCUAGUUUUAGCUCACCGUGUAUAUAGCAAUAAAAAUAUGCCAUUUAUUUCAUGAA